AUGAACCCUCCGCGGAAGCGUCCAUGGUCUGUCGCGGAGCUCUCGUCCAACCCGUCGAACCCGUCGCCGCCAGAGGCAUUGCACCAUCUACACAAUGGAGCCGGCGAUAUGGCAAUGUAUCAGUCUCCAGACAGCUCGACAAAGACUCCCAACACCCCUCCGGUCCCGCUGGGGAUGGCGCCUCCCGAUUCACCCAAAAUCAGCGUCGCGGUGACCAGCCGCAAGUCGACGGCAUGUCCGGCCUGUAGGAAACAGAAGACCAAAUGUGUCAUGGACGACGACACCCCGCCAUGCAAGCGUUGCGCAGAGCGCGGUCUUGAAUGCUCGCCGAAUAAGUCAAUACAGGAUAUAAUGACCGAGCAGGCGAGAUGGAAUUCCCGAAUGAAUCGCUACUUUUCUCACCUCCAAACAGCUCUGAAUGAAGCUAGGGCAGCAUUAUCCCUUCCUUCCAUAUCCGCAGCAGAUGAAUUGGCUGUCAAGGAAGAGGACGUGAAAACCUCUCGGCGUGAACAUAUAGAUGAACGCCACAACCAGCUUGACGUUACCAUGGAGUCGGACACGCUCGCCUCUGCUCCAGUGCGGUCCCUCUACGAAGUCACAAAGUCAAGCGAGGUGCACGAAGGGUCAGCCCAGUUUUCAGGCCUGGUCAUGGAGCCGGAUUUUGUUUCUCGAGGCGUCAUUACUCAGGCGGAAGCCGACCAGCUCACCAAAACGUAUCUGACUCGGCUGGACCACUUCUUCUACGACCAUCUACAGAAAUACGCAGACAUUAGCGAAGUUCGAAAGACAUCUACUCUACUUGCAUUAACCCUAUGCACGGUGGCAGCUUUACAUGAUCCCCUAGGCACCGAGGCAUACGAUAAGCUCAGCCGGGAACUACGUAGCGUCACCUCCUCGUUUAUGUUCCGCAACCAUUUGGGGCUGGAAGACAUCAAGGCUCUGUGUAUGGGCUCAUACUGGCUAGGAAACCUUACCUGGGUAUUAUCUGGCCUUGUCCUCAGGAAAGCAAUCGGAAUGCAGUACCACACAGCCCAUAUGAACCAGCCACAAACCGAUAAGGAGGCGUUCGGCAAGUCACAGAUGUGGCUUUUGAUAUUCCUAGCCAACGAGCAGAUAUCGCUACUCCAUGCAUCUCCGGCUUGUGGGGUAGAAGCCGGGUAUAUCAACUGGAAGAAUCACCUGUCAUCUCCAUUUUCCGGUGAAAUCGACCUGAGACUUAUCAGCCAUAUCGACCUACUCUUACUUCUAGGGAGAGUGAGGCAGACAUAUGGGGUAGAUGCGACGAAAGCCAUUCCAUUAGCACUUAUUCCGCAGCUUCGAGAUUACCUUGCACAGUUGGAUCGAUGGUCCCAUACAUGGACAGGAAGACUGGCGCGGAAUAAAUGGCUGGGAAACUUCCCAUCGCAAGCUGUUAAGCUUCAUUUCCGGUUCGCAAAGUUUUUCAUAUGCUCUCACGCCUUCCGAGGGUUAAACGUGGAAUCUGUCUCUAUACCCCUGGCACCAGAAUUACAAGACAUUGCAGCCUGUGCAGUCACGACCGCCAUCUCUAUCCUGGAACUACUGAUCGAGUCUGACGAGUUGCGCGCAUACUUGGUUGGAAUUCCGCAUUACUUCCAUACCAUGUUUGCCUUUGCAGCAGUCUUCCUCCUUAAGGUUGCAACGCGUAAUAGGCAACAUGUCCACGUUGAUACUCACCUGGUGUUUCGUACCAGCCGUCGGGUUCUAGAAGUAUUUCAACAUUGUCCUUGCGCUAAGCAGCAUCUUGUACAUCGAAUUGCGGAAGGGUUGAAGGGUAUGAUUGAGCGGUGUGAGGGACAAAUCGCAACUGACGGCUCUAGCCACCCUGUCAACAGGGUAAUGAACAGGGAGCAUCAGAUACCGUCAUCGAUGGCACCCCCACCAACAAGUACUGCCCACUCUGAGAUGGUUUCUCAGGAAAUGCUGUCAUGGUUCAAUUUGGAGAAUUUUGAUUUUCUAUCCAUGUCCCCGCCCACCUGGAAUACUGAGUUUUAG